AUGAACUACUCACCUUGCUCUAAAUGUCACAUUUUGACAAAUGAGUAACAAUUUUAUAGCAAAAUAAACAUGGAAUUCAAAAUAUUAUUUUAUUGAACAAAAAUUCAUACGAAAUGAAUUUGCUGAAUGUUUUUCAAGAUUUUAACCCGAGUAAGUUCGUCGUUCAUACCUGUUUGUUGAUUUUUACAAUUUUAUUCGCUUUGAAACUGGAUAAUGUGAUCUCUUGGUCUUAUUGGUGUGUCUUCACCCCAAUAUGGGUUUGGAAAGGCUUGGUUAUCCUAGGAGCCUCGGUUGGAAGCUAUGUUUGGUGGAGAUAUCCACAUUUUAGACUAGAAGGAGAAGCCUACAUCCACUACAAGUCUAUGCUGAUUUCUCUUGCACUGCAUUUGAUCCUCUUAAUGUUUGAGUUGCUUGUAUGUGAUAAGUUAGAAUCUGGAAGGCAUUUAUGGAUUUUGGUAUUCAUCCCGUUAAUUUUUAUCUCGAUCGUUAGCAUAGCGGUGUGUAUAUGGGCUGUAAAACAUGACAGGACGUUUGAGCUAGAGCUAUUCUGUGCAGUAAAUGUUCUGCAGUUCAUAUUUCUUGCCUUACGUUUAGAUCAGUUUAUCAGUUGGUCUUGGGAGGUCGUUUUUGUGCCAUUAUGGAUUGUGAUGUGUUUAUCUUUGGUUGGAGUGUUAUAUACGAUAAUUUUUGCCGCCAUACUCAUAAGAACGCCAGAAGUCAGUGUUCAACAAAGGAGAGCCAGUUUUCAUUCUGCUCUCGGCUAUACCUUCUUGGUGAUACCUAUUUUAAUAUUUCAGGUCCUCUUAGCCAAUAAACUAGACGACGAUAUAAAAGUAUCUUAUAUAGUGGUUACAAGUCCUCUGUUUAUAUCAUUCGUAACCUUGAUAAUCAUGUCAUUCAACGCAAAAGGUUGCAAUAAAUGGUGGUUCGGGAUGCGAAAGGACUUUUGUUCGUUCAUCCUGGGAGUAUUCCCGUGCCUCCAAGAGUAUGCCAACAUUUCCUAUUAUCCGGAACGUAGACAAGAGGGCGUCGAACUAGAGCAGACAGAGAAGAUGGACCUUGCUUACAUGAAGAGAGCCGAUCUUCUGAAGCCAGUGCUGCCGAUCAUCUCGAUCGAAACCCCAGACUGAUUUGUAGGUUAUAAAUGCUAUUUAUGUGCUUCCAUGAGAUCUAUUACAAUCUGUGAAUAUUCUAGCUUUAGGUUCGCAUUGGCGGAAAGAUCCAUAUUUAUAUUUUCUCUGGCGUUACAUUUUUAGGUUGUAAGUGUUGGAUACAAUUGAUUAGGUUGGAUCUUGAAGGGUAAAUCUUCACGUUUUUUCUGGUGGUUUAUGGGUGAGAUUCGCAAUUUUGAGGUUUGUGUGUCGUUUUGUUUGAUGUACAAUUUUUUUUUAUUUGAAUUUUUGGGUUUUUAAUUGGAAUAACAACGCAUAUGGUAUGAAAUCGAUCUAAAUUUCCAAUUGUUGAACUGAAGGAUUUACCAAUGAUUUAAACUUUUUUUUGUCGUAUAUUAUUGGUAAUCCGAGUAACAAUUGCAUCACCGUUAUCUGCGAUUCUCGAUAAAGUUUAUUCUUGAAUUCAUGUUUGCCUUUCCUUCAUUCUUCAAAAUCACGUAAUAAAUCAUGAAAUGAAAAUAAUGAAGUAAUUAUUAUUCUUCAAUAUCCAACGUGAUCAAUCGUUCUUUUGCAUAUUCUAGGAAUGUUUUAGGAUCUGUUAAAUACCAUUUUUCAUUACAGAUUUUAAGCAUUCUUGCAAUAGAAUGUUGAUUUAUAUUUCAUAUAUUUUAUCUCUAAUUGCAUAUCAAUUCAAUUUAGAUGGAUAACGAUCAUUAGUGCUCAAAUGUUUAUUGUUGUAUAUCAGAAUAAGUUCCUAAAUUGUUGAUGGCGUAUUAUCUUGUAUAUAAAUACUGUACUUACCUUUGAUGAUUCAAUGUUAAGCGAUUUAAGUUUCUGUGAAAUAUCUAGGUUAAGACGUGGCUUCAAUUUAAUUUAUUUUUGCACUUAUUUAAUGAAAAUUGUAUGGUUAGUAAGUCUUCCGUAUAAGCUAACAAAAAUGUUAUUCCAGAAAUGGCAAAUUAUUACUGAGAAUGCUCUGGUGUUUUUCACGUCAAUAGAACGAUUUUUAUAUAAA